CAACAUGACGUAUUUCCCUUCCCGCAUGCUUUUUGGAUUGAAUGUGGCUUGGAGCGAUCUUUCGAGGCACAUAUAAUCCUUGAUUCCAUAUUAACCAUGUUUAAAAUCGAGGGGCUUGGGCCGAAGAUGGACCCGGAGGAGAUGAAGAAAAAAAUGCGCGAGGAUGUCAUUACGUCUGUUCGCAACUUUUUGAUUUACGUUGCGCUUCUGAGAGUCACACCUUAUGUUUUGAAGAAGCUUGACAGCAUAUGAAACUUGACAAAACAUUCCGAGAGAUGAGCAUGCAGGACCUGGACGAUGCUGCACAGAGUCACUUACCACCGCAGUUCACGAAGAGAUGGUGUCCCUUUCAGUCAUUUGUUUUAUUUAAUUUUUUUUUUUUUUUACUGGAUGCAGUUGAAUGUACUUGAUUUGUUUACAUCAAAUCUCAUUUGAAAAUCGUGGCAAACAAGAGAUGUCUAACAGAAUGUUAUCACGGUGGUCUAAGCAAUAAAUCUUUCAUCAGUUAA